GUCAAGAUAAAGUACCAGAAGAACUAAGUCCAGGAUGCAAAGAAAUAUGGUGAUUACACAUCUUCUCACGUUUCUUCAAAUCUUUUGUUCAUCUUGUGAAUAAGAAGAGGACAAAGCCCUCAAGGAGCCCAUAAGCUGCAGGUUUAGAAACGCAGUAACUUUCUUGCCAAUCACCAAUAUGCCGGAGCUGAACUGUUCCCUCGAAGCCAUUUCCACGACUGGUGCCACAGUUUUCGGCGGCGCAGGCUGCCCUGAGGCGGCUGUGGUGUGUGGGAUGAAUAUCUCCUGGUUGUUGGCGGAUGCUACUGAACAAGAUCUGGAUGACGUGUGUUUGAGCGAGGAGGACUACCUGGCCAUGCACCUGGGGCCUCUGAAGUCUCCUGUGUUCUUUCCCGUCUGCAUCACCUACCUCACCAUCUUCAUGGUCGGCGUCCUGGGCAAUUCUUUGACCUGUGCAGUCAUUUUACGCUACAGUGUUAUGCAGACGCCCACCAACUACUACCUGCUGAGCCUGGCGGUGUCCGACCUGCUGGUGCUGCUGCUGGGCAUGCCGUUAGAGCUCUACGACAUGUGGCACAACUACCCCUUCCUGCUUGGGGAGGGGGGCUGCUACUUCAAAACUUUUCUGUUUGAGACUGUCUGCUUUGCCUCAAUCCUCAAUGUCACCGCACUCAGCGUGGAACGCUACAUGGCGGUGGUCCACCCCCUAAAGGUCAAACACAUGGCCACACGUGCUCAUGUCAAGAGGGUCAUCCUCAUGCUGUGGGUCCUGUCCAUGCUGUGUGCUGUGCCAAACACCAGUCUGCAUGGGAUUACGGCUCUGCCUUCGAGGUUUGGACGACAGUUUCCUCGAUCUGCUAUCUGCCAUGUGGUCCAGCCCACCUGGAUGUACAACCUGAUCAUCCUGAUUUCCACGCUGGUCUUCUUCCUGCUCCCAAUGCUGAUAAUUAGCGUCCUCUACCUGCUCAUUGGCUUGCAGCUCCGCAGGGAGAGGUUAACGACCAUGGUGGACAACAGGCAUUGCUUUGGGUCGGAAAGUCUCUCCAGGUCCCACAAGCAGAAGCUGAGCAAACGCAACGUGCAAGUCACCAAAAUGCUGUGUGUGCUGGUGAUUGUGUUCGGCCUCUGUUGGGCUCCCUUCCACGUGGACCGCUUGAUGUGGAGUUACAUCGACACCUCGUCCGACCAGCACCUCCAGAUCUUCGAGCACGUCCACAUCGUCUCCGGUGUUUUCUUCUACCUGAGCUCCGCCAUCAACCCCGUCCUCUACAACCUCAUGUCCACCAGAUUCAGAGAAAUGUUCAGUCACAUGACGUGUUAUACGGACAGUUGGCCGAUUCGCUCCAGCUUACAGAUGACCCAACGCAGCACCUUGAGCGAGAAAACACCCAACAACAGUGUGAAAUGGACUUAAGAACUUCUGAGUCAAAGAAAGUCCAAGAACAUUAAACACAGAUAGGUGACAAAUUAAAGAAAAAUUUAGUGGAGGAAUGCAGCAAAUACAGGGCACGGGGUGUCACUGAAUGGUUCGAUGCCCUGUGGCCUACACAGAAGCUAGACCUGAUCCAAACUGAACACCCAAGGGAGAUUUUGGACCAACCACCUCCAUCAUCAACACACCAAAUUAGGGAAUAUCUUUUGAAAGAAUGUUGAUCGUCCGUCCGAGAGAGCUAAGAGACUCAGAAUAAAAAUCUUUGAUAAGGAGCAUUUGUGUCCCAGGAUCUUGUGGCAGCCAAACACCUUCGAAUGGGAAAGUCUUGGCCUCAAAUGGAAGGAUAUUAACCUCUGAGUGAUGGGGAUGAACAGAUGUUGUGAAGGAUAAACUGUUUGACCAAAGGCUAUGUGACAAGCCUUAAGAGACACACACAAAAAUAAGCAUGCCUGCAUGCUGCACACACCCUGACUGUAAUAUCUACAGUAAUUCAAAUCCUAUUUAGAGAGAGGACCAAUAAGACAACAUCCUGAAUGAAGUGAAAAGAUGACAAAGUCAUUGCUUAGAUGAACGAUGAAAUUAUCAUAUAAAUGGCACAAUUUAUGGAUUGAAAAUGUAACCCAUCAUCUGUAUGACAAGUAAAUCAUUUCUAUUUGUGAAUUGUAUUUAAUGUAUUUACUGUAUAAUGUGAAGCAUAACACUUCCAGGCUUGCUUAUUUAGCGCUGCAGAGCUCCGAGUGCCAACAUCAACAACGCUGACAAAGCAAAGAAUGAAUGCAUAACGGCUCCUGUUUAAAAGCAGCAAACACUUGUCUGGGAAUGAAUCAGAGGUGAAAAUGAAAGUUAAUUAAGGAAAGGGUGAAAUAACCAUAAGAUGGUUUGACUAUGGUAUUUAUAACCAGUGCCUUCCAAGUAUUUGAAUUAUAUUCAGAAAAUACAUGAGGCUCAAUGAUUUUAUACACCAACUGCCAUGUUCUCACAUGUUUCUUUGAUACUUGUAAUAAUUACUCAUACGAUACACAAUAUUAGUAAUUCAUCGUACUGUUUAAAGCUAAAUUAACAAAAUAUACAUCAUGAUUUUAGAAAUGGUUAUAUCCUGGUUUAAAGUAUCAUAUUCGUUUACUGCUCGCCUGAUUUUAAAACAUAUAAGUGUUAUUGUUGUUUAAUGUAUCAAUUAACAUUUUGGAUUACCUGUAUAUAGGACAUGUGAAUAUUUAUCAACUCUUUUAUUAAUGCAAAGGGUCUGAUGCAGUCUUCUCUUCUAUUUAAUGAAAGCAUGUAUGUUUUUCUCAGCGUGUACCCUUGAAAUAGUAUUUAUGAUUCCAUGACCUGCUUUUGAAUAUCAGCGGUAAGAUGUGCCAGCGGUGUUAUUGUUUUUAUCACUGGUUUAACUUGGAAGAAAUGAGUAUAAUGAGCCUUUGCACUUGUUUUCAUAUCCAGACUCGUGGGCUGCAGAGCGACCAGCUCCAGGACAGAAAUGUCUUCUGUGUAAACAUUGUGGUUUAAGUGCCCGAACAAUACAAGUUAUUUAUGAGUAAUGAGGUGGGCCAAAAGCCACAAGAACCUUUCCACUGUGCUGUCUCAUCUCAGCUUUGCAUGACACGCAGUGCAGGGGAGAAAGUAAUUUGUACACAUGGAGAUGAUAAUUAUGCGGAGUGGAGGCUAUGAUGUCACAAGGUCAGUAAUAUGGAAAGAAAUUAACGAGAUGACUGAGGAGGAGGAGGACACAAGAAAAGAAAUGAGUUAAAUGAUGGACGCUGACAAAUCAGUGUGUAAUGGCACAGUGUUAUCAGUGUGACACACCAGCACUAAUGACUGUCAGCAUACCCACAACUUCCAUCAUCAUAACACAAUAUGCUGUUUACCCACUGCCUCUGCAAAUAGACUCAUUUAAAAGCCUGAAUCACAGUAUCACUCAAGUAAUGGUGUUUCAGCGGCAUGGUUAUUAUCACCACUCAUGGCUCUUUGAUGUAACAUUAUGAGGCAGACGGUAUCAUUUAACUGUAAGGAAUUAUGUGAGCCGAAUUUGGGAGCUAUGAAAUUAAAGUGCAAAACAACCCAAAUGAGAAAUAUGAUGUGUUUCAUUUUGACUUUCACUCAGAGAAAUGUGCAGAGAUCUGGAAAAUUCUAC